AUGGGGCCUGGCUUCUACUCCGCUGCCUGGGCUCUCACACGGGGCGCGGUGAUGUCCUUCCUCCGGGACUUCCAUGGCGGGCGGGUGGACAUUCAGCGCAUCAACAGAGCCCUGAUUGUGUUCAUUCCCAAAACGCCGGCUGCCAUCACCCCAUCGGCUUUCCGGCCGGUGGCCUUGCAAAACUGCCCAGUCAGGGGAAUGGAUUCAAUGGAUCAAGUCACUGCUAGUGACAUCGAGAUCGGCGAUCCUGGUGAAUGGAUCACCUGCAAGCGGGGGGUGCGUCAAGGGGAUGCCCUUUCAGCCUACCUCUUCCUCCUGGUUGCGGACAUUCUCCAGAUGCUGAUCAAGAGCAACGGUGCCAUCCGUCAUCCCCUCUCUGAUUCCCCCUGCGCCGUGCUCCAAUACGCUGACGACACCAUAGUGGUGGUCAGGGCAGAAGCUGAGUCCGCCUACCACCUGAAAAGGGCGCUCGAUAGCUUCGCAGCUGCAACCGGGCUCGCCAUCAACUUCUCCAAGAGCACCGUCACUCCCAUGAACGUGGAUGAGGAUCAAUUGCGAGGUAUGAUGGACACCCUGCAAUGCCAACGUGGGGUCUUUCCGCAGACCUACCUUGGUCUGCCCCUGUCCAACACCAAGCUGCAGCUGUCCACGUUCGCGCCCCUCAUUGCCAAAGUGGACCGGUACCUCGCCGGAUAG